AUGGUUGCUGCAGUGGCAAACCCAGGAACUGUUGCUGCUGCUACUACUGCUAGUGCUAGUGCUGGUGUUACUGCUGGUGCUUCUACUCCCACGUUCGUGAAAAAAUUUUCAGGAUCCGGAAUUGGAGAAGCAAUAAGGAGACGUUAUGGGCCCAGUGAGAGGAAGUUCGACUGCAUGAAAAAGUGGGCUCAGGGAAAUUUGAUGGUAAUCAAAACACAAUGUGAAAAAUUGAACGAAUCAGCAUCUGAAGGAAUACGAAUGAUCGCUGAGGAUUUAUCAGAGAUAGAAAAGGAAAAGGAUCGUUUGUCGGGUGAAAAGUCAAGACUGAGUAAGGAAUUCAGUCAACUAAAGAAGUGGUCGCGGGAACGAACUGAAAGCACAGAGCGUUUGCAGAAGGUCCAAGAUGAGUUUAACAAGCUGAAGCUUGGGUUGAGAGGCAAAAACACAGUUUCUUUGGAAGACCAGACAGAAAAUCAGUCACCUGUUCAACCAAAAGACCAAGAACACUAAUCAAGAAGGAGAAGUUCUAGUUACCCAGUACCAAAUAAGUGUUAAAUUACAGCAAACUGAUGAAAUUAAGGAUUUACAACCUCCAGUCAAGGAGGCAGUGUGGCCGAAUGGGUAGAGCUCUAGACUUGUAGUUUGUUGGUCCCAGGUUCAAGUCCUCAACCCUGCUGCUAACAAGAUUUGUUCUCGGUUGCACUUUGUAUAUAUCUAAUAUAGUGAUUAAAAUCACUAUGUUUUGCAACGUUAAUGUACAAUUUGUGUCAAUGGAUAAGAAGAGCCAUUUCGUAGACUAUCCAAUGCAAAAUCCCAUUAUCUUUUAUUAUUAUUAUUUUUAAAUAUACAGGUUUCAUACUGAACUAGAGCGGAAUCAUCCAAUCAUCAAGAGACCUCUAUCUGCGUGGCCUAACAAAGCCAUUAAAACUCUAUUAUUGUACCUUUGUACCUUUACCUUCAGCGAGCUCAUCCGGCUGUUAAAACCACUCAUUUUGAAUUUCAAUUGAUUUAUUUGACCGCUCAUUUUGUUUGGUAUUUCUUUAUAAGUUGUAGGUCAAUAUGCAAGGUAGAAUAACAGACAUUUUAGGGUGCCCCUAAUGCAACUAUGAAUAAUUGUCUUUGGUAAAUGACAAAUAAAAAAAAAUACGAAAUUGGCGAGAGUUUCAAUUGCGACUGUAAAACUAUACCAAAAAAGUUGUUUCCAGUGAUACGGGCACCCAGCAAAUCAGGAAUUCGCAAGUUACAGUAAGUGUCUUAGUAACUUUAGCCUCUCUGCACAAAGCAUUACGUGUUAUAAGUUCGCUGGCUAUGAUUGGAAACAAACUGGAACAAUUUAAAAUAUACUUAGAAAUAAAUGCAAGGAGGAUCGACGAAAACAAGGGAAUUAAGUUUACGGCUUCAACAAUAUAUUUUGCUUUAUACCUAUGUAAACAUAGGUUUUUGUUAGUUUAUUAUUUUGACCGGAGUAAUAGACACUUGUAAAAUGCUAUAUCCAAACCAUAUUAAAGAUAUCCCAAUAACUCAUUCCUCAUGUCUCAGCGAUGAAAUGCUACCGGAUUAAUGCUGUACAAAUCAUUGUAAUCGGUGAUACACCCACCAAAUGAAAGUUUAGACAGCUAUGAAAGAAAAAGCAUCUGAGGGAAGUUAUCAUUCCCCUUUAAUAAGACACACCAGAGAGAGGCAUGACCAAAAUGGCCGCUAAAAUAUGAAAGCGAUCUUCGUAGUAAUGAACACUACUUGAGCAGUAGUGAAAAUAAGGCCUGAAGAAAAAAAUUCAGGCCUGUACGGGAUUUCACUCUAUGACCUCUGCGAUACCGGUACAGCAGACUGAUCUGAAGCUUUAAACAAGUUAUCUAUGUUCGCAAAGAAAGAUAUCUUCAAAUGCUUGAGUAGUUGUAAUAAAAUGCUUAGUUCAGGAUAUUCUCUCUCAAAAAUAGUAGUUCUGAUACUUUGAUGGAUGUCGCAAAUAAUUGGUUUGAC